AAAGCAUUUGGAAGCUCCUGAAGACAAGUCAUUUGGCAGUUCAUUGACGGAGAGUGAAGUAAACCUGGACCGUUACCAAAAUGCUUUAGAAGAAGUAUUAUCGUGGCUUCUUUCUGCUGAGGACACAUUGCAAGCACAAGGAGAGAUUUCUAAUGAUGUGGAAGUGGUGAAAGAACAAUUUCAUACUCAUGAGGGGUACAUGAUGGAUUUGACAGCCCAUCAGGGCCGGGUUGGUAAUAUUCUACAAUUGGGAAGUCAGCUGAUUGGAACAGGGAAAUUAUCAGAAGAUGAAGAAACUGAAGUACAAGAGCAGAUGAAUCUCCUAAAUUCAAGAUGGGAAUGCCUCAGGGUAGCUAGCAUGGAAAAACAAAGCAAUUUACAUAGAGUUUUAAUGGAUCUCCAGAAUCAGAAACUGAAAGAGUUGAAUGACUGGCUGACAAAAACAGAAGAAAGAACAAGGAAAAUGGAGGAAGAACCCCUUGGACCUGAUCUUGAAGACCUAAAACGCCAAGUACAACAACAUAAGGUGCUUCAAGAAGAUCUAGAACAAGAACAAGUCAGGGUCAAUUCUCUCACUCACAUGGUGGUGGUAGUUGAUGAAUCUAGUGGAGAUCACGCAACUGCUGCUUUGGAAGAGCAACUUAAGGUAUUGGGAGAUCGAUGGGCAAACAUCUGCAGGUGGACAGAAGACCGCUGGGUUCUUUUACAAGACAUCCUUCUCAAAUGGCAACGUCUUACUGAAGAACAGUGCCUUUUUAGUGCAUGGCUUUCAGAAAAAGAAGAUGUGGUGAACAGGAUUCACACAACUGGCUUUAAGGAUCAAAAUGAAAUGUUAUCAAGUCUUCAAAAACUGGCCGUUUUAAAAGCAGAUCUAGAAAAGAAAAAGCAAUCCAUGGACAAACUUUAUUCACUCAAACAAGAUCUUCUUUCAACACUGAAGAAUAAGUCAGUGACCCAAAAGAUGGAAGCAUGGCUGGAAAACUUUGCCCGGUGUUGGGAUAAUUUAGUCCAAAAACUUGAAAAGAGUACAGCACAGAUUUCACAGGCUGUCACCACCACUCAGCCAUCACUAACACAGACAACUGUAAUGGAAACAGUAACUAUGGUGACCACAAGGGAGCAAAUCCUGGUAAAGCAUGCUCAAGAGGAACUUCCACCACCACCUCCCCAAAAGAAGAGGCAGAUUACUGUGGAUUCCGAAAUUAGGAAGAGGUUGGAUGUUGAUAUAACUGAACUUCACAGUUGGAUUACUCGCUCAGAAGCCGUGUUGCAGAGUCCUGAAUUUGCAAUCUUUCGGAAGGAAGGCAACUUCUCAGACUUAAAAGAAAAAGUCAAUGCCAUAGAGCGAGAAAAAGCCGAGAAGUUCAGAAAACUGCAAGAUGCCAGCAGAUCAGCUCAGGUCCUGGUGGAACAGAUGGUGAAUGAGGGUGUUAAUGCCGAUAGCAUCAGACAAGCCUCAGAACAACUGAACAGCCGGUGGAUCGAAUUCUGCCAGUUGCUAAGUGAGAGACUUAACUGGCUGGAGUAUCAGAACAACAUCAUCACUUUCUAUAAUCAGCUACAACAAUUGGAGCAGAUGACAACUACUGCUGAAAACUGGUUGAAAAUCCAACCCACCACCCCAUCAGAGCCAACAGCAAUUAAAAGUCAGUUAAAAAUAUGUAAGGAUGAAGUCAACAGGCUAUCAGCUCUUCAACCUCAAAUUGAACGAUUAAAAAUUCAAAGUAUAGCCCUGAAAGAGAAAGGACAAGGACCCAUGUUCCUGGAUGCAGACUUUGUGGCCUUUACAAAUCAUUUUAGCCAAGUCUUUUCUGAUGUGCAGGCCAGAGAGAAAGAGCUACAGACAAUUUUUGACACUUUGCCACCCAUGCGCUAUCAGGAGACGAUGAGUGCCAUCAGGACAUGGGUCCAGCAGUCAGAAACCAAACUCUCCAUACCUCAACUUAGUGUCACCGACUAUGAAAUCAUGGAGCAGAGACUCGGGGAAUUGCAGGUUUUACAAAGUUCUCUGCAAGAGCAACAAAGUGGCCUAAACUAUCUCAGCACCACUGUGACAGAGAUGUCAAAGAAAGCCCCCUCUGAAAUCAGCCGAAAAUAUCAAUUAGAAUUUGAAGAAAUUGAGACACGCUGGAAGAAGCUCUCCUCCCAGCUAGUCGAGCAUUGUCAAAAGCUAGAGGAGCAAAUGAAUAAACUCCGAAAAAUUCAGAAUCACAUACAAACCCUGAAGAAAUGGAUGGCUGAAGUUGAUGUUUUUCUGAAGGAGGAAUGGCCUGCCCUUGGGGAUUCAGAGAUUCUAAAAAAGCAGCUGAAACAGUGCAGACUUUUAGUCAAUGAUAUUCAGACAAUUCAGCCCAGUCUAAACAGUGUCAAUGAAGGUGGGCAGAAGAUAAAGAAUGAAGCAGAGCCAGAGUUUGCUUUGAGACUUGAGAUAGAACUGAAAGAACUUAACUCUCAGUGGGAUCACAUGUGCCAACAGGUCUAUGCCAGAAAGGAGGCCUUGAAGGGAGGUUUAGAGAAAACUGUAAGCCUCCAGAAAGAUCUAUCAGAGAUGCACGAAUGGAUGACACAAGCCGAAGAAGAGUAUCUUGAGAGAGAUUUUGAAUAUAAAACUCCAGAUGAAUUACAGAAAGCAGUUGAAGAGAUGAAGAGAGCUAAAGAAGAGGCCCAACAAAAAGAAGCGAAAGUGAAACUCCUUACUGAGUCUGUAAAUAGUGUCAUAGCUCAAGCUCCACCUGUAGCACAAGAGGCCUUAAAAAAGGAACUUGAGACUCUAACUACCAACUACCAGUGGCUCUGCACUAGGCUGAAUGGGAAAUGCAAGACUUUGGAAGAAGUUUGGGCAUGUUGGCAUGAGUUAUUGUCAUACUUGGAGAAAGCAAAUAAGUGGCUAAAUGAAGUUGAAUUUAAACUUAAAACCACUGAAAACAUUCCUGGCGGAGCUGAGGAAAUCUCUGAGGUGCUACAUUCACUUGAAAAUUUGAUGCAACAUUCAGAGGAUAACCCAAAUCAGAUUCGCAUAUUGGCACAGACCCUAACAGAUGGUGGAGUAAUGGAUGAGCUGAUCAAUGAGGAACUUGAGACAUUUAAUUCUCGUUGGAGGGAACUACAUGAAGAGGCUGUAAGGAGGCAAAAGUUGCUUGAACAGAGCAUCCAGUCUGCCCAGGAGAUCGAAAAAUCCUUACACUUAAUUCAGGAGUCCCUCACAUUCAUUGACAAGCAGUUGACAGCUUAUAUUGCAGACAAGGUGGACGCAGCUCAAAUGCCUCAGGAAGCCCAGAAAAUCCAAUCUGAUUUGACAAGUCAUGAGAUCAGUUUAGAAGAAAUGAAGAAACACAACCAGGGGAAGGAGGCUGCCCAAAGAGUCCUGUCUCAGAUUGAUGUUGCACAGAAAAAAUUGCAAGAUGUCUCCAUGAAGUUUCGAUUAUUUCAGAAGCCAGCCAAUUUUGAGCAGCGUCUACAAGAAAGUAAGAUGAUUUUAGAUGAAGUGAAGAUGCACUUGCCUGCGUUGGAAACCAAGAGUGUGGAACAGGAAGUAGUACAGUCACAGUUAAAUCAUUGUGUGAACUUGUAUAAAAGUCUGAGUGAAGUGAAGUCUGAAGUGGAAAUGGUGAUAAAGACUGGACGUCAGAUUGUACAGAAAAAGCAGACGGAAAAUCCCAAAGAACUCGAUGAAAGAGUAACAGCUUUGAAACUGCAUUAUAAUGAGCUGGGAGCAAAGGUAACAGAAAGAAAGCAACAGUUGGAGAAAUGCUUAAAACUGUCCCGUAAGAUGCGAAAGGAAAUGAAUGUCUUGACAGAAUGGCUGGCAGCUACAGAUAUGGAAUUGACAAAGAGAUCAGCAGUUGAAGGAAUGCCUAGUAAUUUGGAUUCUGAAGUUGCCUGGGGAAAGGCUACUCAAAAAGAGAUUGAGAAACAGAAGGUGCACCUGAAGAGUAUCACAGAGGUAGGAGAGGCCUUGAAAACAGUUUUGGGCAAGAAGGAGACAUUGGUGGAAGAUAAACUCAGUCUUCUGAAUAGUAACUGGAUAGCUGUCACCUCAAGAGCAGAAGAGUGGUUAAAUCUUUUGUUGGAAUACCAGAAACACAUGGAAACUUUUGACCAGAAUGUGGACCACAUCACAAAGUGGAUCAUUCAGGCUGACACACUUUUGGAUGAAUCAGAGAAAAAGAAAUCCCAGCAAAAAGAAGACGUGCUUAAGCGUUUAAAGGCAGAACUGAAUGACAUACGCCCAAAGGUGGACUCUACACGUGACCAAGCAGCAAACUUGAUGGCAAACCGCGGUGACCACUGCAGGAAAUUAGUAGAGCCCCAAAUCUCAGAGCUCAACCAUCGAUUUGCAGCCAUUUCCCACAGAAUUAAGACUGGAAAGGCCUCCAUUCCUUUGAAGGAAUUGGAGCAGUUUAACUCAGAUAUACAAAAAUUGCUUGAACCACUGGAGGCUGAAAUUCAGCAGGGGGUGAAUCUGAAAGAGGAAGACUUCAAUAAAGAUAUGAAUGAAGACAAUGAGGGUACUGUAAAAGAAUUGUUGCAAAGAGGAGACAACUUACAACAAAGAAUCACAGAUGAGAGAAAGCGAGAGGAAAUAAAGAUAAAACAGCAGCUGUUACAGACAAAACAUAAUGCUCUCAAGGAUUUGAGGUCUCAAAGAAGAAAAAAGGCUCUAGAAAUUUCUCAUCAGUGGUAUCAAUACAAGAGGCAGGCUGAUGAUCUCCUGAAAUGCUUGGAUGACAUUGAAAAAAAAUUAGCCAGCCUACCUGAACCCAGAGAUGAAAGGAAAAUAAAGGAAAUUGAUCGGGAAUUGCAGAAGAAGAAAGAGGAGCUGAAUGCAGUGCGUAGGCAAGCUGAGGGCUUGUCUGAGGAUGGGGCCGCAAUGGCAGUGGAGCCAACUCAGAUCCAGCUCAGCAAGCGCUGGCGGGAAAUUGAGAGCAAAUUUGCUCAGUUUCGAAGACUCAACUUUGCACAAAUUCACACUGUCCGUGAAGAAACGAUGAUGGUGAUGACUGAAGACAUGCCUUUGGAAAUUUCUUAUGUGCCUUCUACUUACCUGACUGAAAUCACUCAUGUCUCACAAGCCCUAUCAGAAGUGGAACAACUUCUCAAUGCUCCUGACCUCUGUGCUAAGGACUUUGAAGAUCUCUUUAAGCAAGAGGAGUCUCUGAAGAACAUAAAAGAUAAUCUACAACAAAGCUCAGGUCGGAUUGACAUUAUUCACAGCAAGAAGACAGCAGCAUUGCAAAGUGCAACGCCUGUGGAAAGGGUGAAGCUACAGGAAGCUCUCUCCCAGCUUGAUUUCCAAUGGGAAAAAGUUAACAAAAUGUACAAGGACCGACAAGGGCGAUUUGACAGAUCUGUUGAGAAAUGGCGGCGUUUUCAUUAUGAUAUAAAGAUAUUUAAUCAGUGGCUAACAGAAGCUGAACAGUUCCUCAGAAAGACGCAAAUCCCUGAGAAUUGGGAACAUGCUAAAUACAAAUGGUAUCUUAAGGAACUCCAGGAUGGCAUCGGGCAGCGGCAAACUGUUGUCAGAACAUUGAAUGCAACUGGGGAAGAAAUAAUUCAGCAAUCCUCAAAAACAGAUGCCAGUAUUCUACAGGAAAAAUUGGGGAGCCUGAAUCUGCGGUGGCAGGAGGUCUGCAAACAGCUGUCAGAAAGAAAAAAGAGGCUAGAAGAACAAAAGAAUAUCUUGUCAGAAUUUCAAAGAGAUUUAAAUGAAUUUGUUUUAUGGUUGGAGGAAGCAGAUAACAUUGCUAGUAUCCCGCUUGAACCUGGAAAUGAGCAGCAACUAAAAGAAAAGCUUGAGCAAGUCAAGUUACUGGUGGAAGAGUUGCCCCUGCGCCAGGGAAUUCUAAAACAAUUAAAUGAAACUGGAGGACCCGUGCUUGUAAGUGCUCCCAUAAGCCCAGAAGAGCAAGAUAAACUUGAAAAUAAGCUCAAGCGGACAAAUCUCCAGUGGAUAAAGGUUAGACAUUAACCAUCUCUUCUGUCACAUGUGUUAAAUGUUGCAAGUAUUUGUAUGUAUUUUGUCUCCUGGGUGCUUCAUUGGUGGGGGAGGAGGCUGGUAUGUGGAUUGCUGUUUUGUUUUGUUUUUCAACCUGACCGUUUGCCUUGACUGUAUGUUUUGUUGUGGCUAGAAAAAAUGAUGAUGGUGAAUGGCUUUACAUUAGUGACCAAAUGCCAUAAUUUAUACUACAAUUUGUUUGCCUAAAUUAUUCUGAAGAAUUAGACUGAGGAAAUGAUGAAGUAUUUAAUUCAGUGGCCAGGUAUAUACUGACAGUAUUGAAUCUAAAAGGACGUGGUCUGGUUCUAGUUAAACAAGUAUCAUAAAUCAAAAUUAAUUAUUCACACCUAGAUUAU